AAUGACAAGUAUAUUGACAACCUCUGCUCCAUUCUCUCUCUCUCUCUCUCAGUCUCUGCUUUUGACCACCGAAAUCUCGGACGCUAUUUGCUAAACUCAAGGACAACAAUACGAACAGCAAGCAAGAAAGAAAGAAAGAAAGAGCUCAAGCCCACCACCAACCUCUUCUCUCUGAAAAACACUUUACAAAUUUUAUUUAUAAAUCAAAACCCUUCCUCAUCAUCCUCCUUAUCAUUUAUCUCCUUCUUGUUCUUCCAUUGAUAUUUAAAAGGUUUUUACUUUUUAUUUUUUUUAAGUUAUCCAAGCUUCAAAAGGAAGAGCAGCGAGUUCUAACAUCAGACCCGGAUCCGACAUUGUCGGACCCAUCCGCCCCAUCUCAUUCUCUCUCUGCUUUUGCCCCAUACUGGGUUUGGCUCUGUUUCUUGUUUCAGAGAGAGGGAGUUGAAGAUACCAUUCUGGCAACAAGUUAUUCAUUGUAGGCACACAAGUUGGAGGACUUGAUGAAGGCAUCGUUGUAUUUGGGACUUGCAUGAUUUAAGAGCUACAAUGGGUGGUUGCAUGUCAACCCCAUCCAAAACAAUUAAAUCACGGAAAAAACACUGUCAACGGGUCAUCAAACGCCAUAGAAAGGCAGCCUGCUCUGCUUCAGAUGGUACCAAGAAAAGAAAUACCAGUUUCAAGAAAAUAUAUAGUGAUGCAGGAGCUCGCGUGAGUGACUAUGCUGUCAGUGAGUUUGUUCAUGUGGACUUUGAGAAUGGUGCAACAACUACUCACAGAAGAUCUAAGGUUUCUAAUUCAACAUUCCAUCUCACCCAGCUGCAAUGGAACCACAGUCAAUAUGAUGCGAAUGUAAUUUGCCAAGAGGAAGCUUGGUUUGACUCAGUGAGUAUUCUGGAGUCUGAUUCAGAUGAUGACUUUAUCAGUAUACACGGAGAUAGUUUUCCAUUAGCAAGCAAUCCAAUUGGGAAUAUCUCAAGUGGCCAAGUACUUCAGUACGAAAGAUCUGCUCGCUUUGUUGAUAAUGGGUGUAAGUAUGAAGAAUACCAAAGCUAUAUGAAAAUAGAUGGAGGUAAAUCAGAUAAAAUCACAGGCACAGAUGAGCGCAGGGAAUCAAAUCGGUUUUCACUUAUUAGUACCCAGGGCUAUGAGCUUUCACGCUUAGGGAAGGCUGAUGAAGUUUGCAGUAAGAGGAAGAAUAUAUUAGAUCACUGUUAUGGAAGCUUUAAAGGACAUAGAGAGGAUGGACGUGAUUCUAAUGAAAAAAUUCAAGACAAUGCCCUGAAAUCCGGCUUAUCUCGAUUGGUACCUUCUGUAAGUUUCAACGAUAAGAUUCUAAGUGCACAGAGUUUGGCUCCGCAGUCCCAGAGAAAGCCAUCAUCAGUGUUCAGGCUUUCUUUUAAAAGGAGAUCCUGUGAUGCAGAAGAAACCAUUGAACAAUGUCAAUCAAAAAGGUUUCUGUAUCGGCCUAGACCAGGAUAUAUCAUUCCAUGUUGUAGAGUAGAGAAGCCGACUUCAGGAUCUUGGUCUGAGAUUCCACCCUCAACUUUUAAACUCCGUGGCGAGAACUAUUUCAAAGAUAAACGAAAGUCACCUGCUCCGAACUACAGUCCAUAUACUCCAAUAGGUGUUGAUGUGUUUGUAUGCCCCAAAAAGAUACAUCACAUUGCCCAGCAUCUUGAGCUUCCCAAUGUGAAAGCAAACGGAAAAGUGCCUCCACUCCUCAUUGUAAACAUACAGUUGCCUACUUAUCCUGCUGCAAUGUUUCUUGGUGAUAGUGAUGGAGAGGGGAUGAGUCUUGUAAUGUAUUUCAAAGUUUCUGAGAAUUUUGAUAAAGACAUCUCUCCUCAAUUCCAGGACAGCAUCAAGAAAAUGGUUGACGAUGAGACGGAAAAAGUGAAAGGAUUCGCAAAGGACUCCACUGUACCUUUUAGAGAAAGACUAAAGAUCUUGGCUGGGGUGGUAAAUCCUGAAGAUCUCGGUCUGAGUUCUGCUGAGAAGAAGCUUGUACAUGCAUAUAAUGACAAACCAGUUCUUUCACGCCCCCAGCACAAUUUUUACAAGGGUCCUAACUACUUUGAGAUUGAUCUGGACAUUCAUCGCUUCAGCUACAUAUCAAGGAAGGGUCUUGAAUCGUUUCGAGAACGUCUAAAAAACGGAAUACUGGAUUUCGGUUUAACUAUCCAGGCACAAAAACAGGAAGAGUUGCCAGAGCAAGUGCUGUGUUGUAUGAGACUGAACAAGAUAGAUUUUGUAGAUCAUGGUCAAAUUCCCGGUCUAGUGACCCUUGAUGAUGAAUGAAUCAUGAUCAAGAUGCAUGCAGGGCAUGACGUGAAAUUGGUGAUCAAGAGAUGCCCUUUUGUAAAUCAAAGAGAAGAAGAUCUUUAUACCCCAUGAAAGUGUUCCUUUAUACCCGUUUCUAUAAUCAUGAUUAGCGUUGUACAAUUAAAUUAAAGGGUAUAUUACUGGUGAUAAUCUGCUUAGGAUUUAGGAGUGUUACUAGGACUAGGUUUAAUAUCGGAAUCAUUUGUACUACUCUAUAAUUUCUCCAAUAUAAUAAUGUGGUUACAUAUCAACC